AUGUCUACGCCUCCAAGGAAACCGAAGAGGCUGUGUGAUAGGGUGGUGAAGUUUCCCAAAAUUUUGGAAUGUGAUACUCACAUCGAGAUGGACUCUCUAGAGGAGUGCCAGAUUUCCGAAGAACUCAAAGAACCAACGGCAGUGUCAGAUCUCGAUCCCCAAUCAGAUACCAAUUCCAAUCCUCCAUCGGUCAAACACCUGAACCUCAACGGCCUCUGCAAGAGCAAAGAAGAGUUGAACGAAUGCUACGUGGAGGAAAUCGUGCUUCCUGGCGAUUCCAUACAGUCUCUUUCAGAGUUGCAGAUCCUCAGUCUUCGCUCCAAUGGGAUUCAGAACUUCCCGAACAGCGUUCUCCAGCUCACCACUCUAAUCACCCUGGAUUUGUCAGAUAACAGCCUGCUGACGCUGCCCCCAGAGAUAAACCAACUCAAACAGCUGCAGGAGCUAGUGUUGGAUCAGAAUCUGCUGAACGUCUUGCCUACCACCCUAUGGGAGCUCGCGUUUUUGAAGAUACUCAAAGUGGCUGGCAAUCGACUGGCUCUGCCCCCGGACAAAAUCGCAGAUAUGAGGGCGCUGGUUCUGGCGGAGCCUGAAGAAAAACUUGAAAAUGCCCAUAUCAAUGGACUGACUACGCUUAAUUUGAGGUCAAAUCGAUUGAAAGGUCAUAUCAUUCUUGGAAAUUAUGGUGUAAGUAUUAUGUUUCAUUUUUUUCAGAGUUUAACGGAGCUGGAUGUUAGCGAGAACAGCAUCGAGAACUUGGAUCUAAGUGCUGUCGAGCAACUACAAAUUCUACAAUGUUCGCGAAAUUCUCUUACAACAUUAACAAUCCACGGAAAAAAUCUAGUAUCACUUAUAGCUGGAAAUAAUAGACUGAAAAAUUUAAAUAUACUCCACCCACCCACUGGCCUGAAACACAUGGAUGUGUCCUACAAUGACUUGGAGGCCCUUCCAGAGUGGUUAUCCGGCUGUAGUGAACUUCGAUCUCUAUUCGCCAGCAACAACGCUCUGGUGUCCUUACCCGAUCAUCUAUUUUGCAAUGAAAUGCCUUAUUUGCACACCCUCCAACUGGCUUACAACCAGCUCCAAUACCUUCCAGCUAUUCAGAGGCGGCUUCCAAUCCAAGAACUGUUCUUACAAAACAACAGCCUGUCGACGUUACCGGAGAAUUUUUUUAAAUUCGUGUACAGCAUCAGAGUCCUGAAUUUGUCCAACAACAGGCUAUGUGACUUGCCGAAACCGGACGACGCGGUACAGUUAGAAAAGUUGUUUAUUACAGCAAAUUGCCUGAUAGAUAAAUCCUUGGAUAGGAUGUGCCCGUUUCUGAGGAAUAUAAAAAUUCUUCACGCAGCUUACAACAAUUUCACUGCCUUGCCUGAAAGUUCUACGGUGUUUUGGACUGAAUUAGAGGAACUGGUGCUUUCUGGUAACAAAUUAUUGAAACUCCCCGACAAUAUAGACCGCUUGAAACACUUGUCGGUGCUGAGGGUUCAUUCGAACUUAUUACAAAGUGUUCCAAAGUUGAACAGUCUUCUGUCACUAAGGGUUCUAGACUUAGCUCACAAUCAGUUAGAUAGAAUCGAUCUGACUGCUUUGAUACCACCGAAUUUGAAGUUCUUAGACUUGUCCUGCAACACCAAACUCCAUGUAGAUUCUCACCAGUUUAAUACCUACAGGACUCAAAGACCUAUGAGCCUCGUGGACGUAUCCGGAAAAAACCGAACAAGUCUACCACUGUCCCCUUCCCCUUUUUGCGAGAAUGACUUGACAGACUACAGCUGGUCGGUGGGGUUCUCAGAAACGGCAGGAAGUAAACAAAGGUUGUACAUCUCCCAGAUUCGUCUUCCUGCCUUUUGCAAUACCGAAGCGUUGUUCGCUAUGUUUGAUGGGGAAAACAACAAUGAUAUACCCUUCGGUGUUGAUAAAGUGGUGCCUAGGAUACUCCUAGAAGAAAGGACAGUGAAAGAAACAGCCCACGAUUACAUGAAGUACACCAUGCUCUCUGCACAUAGGGAGUUGAAAGACAAAGGCCAAAAGCAAGGAUUGAACGCUAUCAUCGUUCACGUUCUAAAAUCAAAGCAAUCUGCUGAUUACUCGUUCUGUGGCGGUUUAAAGAAGUACGUGAUGAAAAUAGCUAGUGUUGGUGAUAUUAGAGUUGUGCUUGGCAAAGCAAAUGGUCCUGUUCGUCUCUUACCAGUGAAGCAGAGAAAGCAGAUACGGACCAAUCCACAGAUACAACUCAUGGUACCUGAUCCAGAUGUUACAGAGUUGUACCUGGACGAACAAGACGAAUACAUGAUCAUAGCGAACAAGAACUUGUGGGACGUCAUGAGUCCUGAAAAUGCUAUAAAGGAAGUGAGCUUGCAAAGGAACGUCAUCUUGGCAGCCAAGCGGUUGCAGGAUCUUGCCCAGAGUUACGGCGCUGAAGAAAACCUCAGCAUCAUAGUAGUCAAGUUUAACUUGUUAGGUUCUGAUGUAGAUGUACUAAUGAGGGAGUUGAGGCAGACCAUCAGAAGGAACAAGUACCAAAGUGAAAGUGGUAACUCGAACCUAAGUUGUCAGCCAGGUUGCUGUUGCGAGGCCCUUAACAAUGAAUGCAUAACCUGCAUAGAGAAAAUACCGGUGCCUCCUCCUAUGAUUAUGUGCGACGACAGAUCGUCACCUAGCGGUCAGAGCGAGCACGCUUGCAGCGACUGCAACUCUUCGGCGAAGCUCUUCAUUAACCAGCUGAACAAGCAAAACGAAACUAGAUCCAUAAGAAGCGUUACCCCUUCGAUUUUCGAGUCAGCAGAGGUGAAGGCUAGUCCGGAAAGAAGAAGUUACAGAGGAGUCGCCAAAGCCUUACGCCAAAGAAGGGAAGAAGAGAAAAAUCGCGACGAUUCCGACUCCGCUUUGUCAGAAGAACAGUUCAAGUGCUGGGAAUACAUGUUGGAGCAGAACACCCAGCUUCUGUUUGACAAAGAACUGAAUACGCUGAACAGGAACAUGCGGAAUAAACCCGCCUUCUCGAUAAAGACACCCUCCCUGUCGAGGAGCUCCCCUCACUUGGCAGACGCUAAUAACAACCCCCCGGGGACGUUUUUAUCCAAGCAAUUUGGGAGCGCCAGGUCGUUUAAUCCUUUGCUGACGAGAUCCAGCUCGCGGUUUGGGCUCGAUAAGAAGUUAUUAGGGGGACCCCACGCUGCGUACUUUGGGAGCUUGCAGCGGCUGAUGCCCUAUAAUCUGGAGUACGACUUCGCCGUCAUGCAUGAAAGGGGAUUAGCGGAUUCGCUGGAUCUGGAUAGGAUGCAGCAAUACUGGGGCGUGACCACCACGGAAUUGUGAAUAUGAGUGUGCUCGUGUACAUUUUAAUAAUGUAAGUGCUAAAUUUUAUUGUAUAUUUCAAAUGUCAAGUAGUAUUUAGAUAUUUUACUGAAAUU